GAGACUGCGGACACAGUACAGGGAUGACCAGAGACUGCGGACACAGUACAGGAGAUGACCAGAGACUGCGGACACAGUACAGGAGAUGACCAGAGACUGCGGACACAGAACAGGAGAUGACCAGAGACUGCGGACACAGUACAAGAGAUGACCAGAGACUGCGGACACAGUACAGGGAGAUGACCAGAGACUGCGGACACAGUACAGGAGAUGACCAGAGACUGCGGACACAGUAC